GAAGUGUCAAACGAGGUUCAUAUCUACAUUGUAAUUGCUCAGAUACGUUGUUGCGUAUUCUCAGCGGAGUGUAGUUAUUGACUGUGAACUGUAACGGAGAUAAUGUCCGAGUCUAUCAAGAAUGUUGUGAUUUUCGGUGCCACUGGGAUGACCGGGCAGGUGACCUUACAACUGGCGGACGCAGCAGGUUACAGUGUGACCGUGCUGGUUCGGGAACCUGCUCGGCUGCCAGCAGACCACAAGGCAUCCAAGGUGGUGGUUGGUGAUGUCAUGAAGAAGGAGGAUGUCAAGAAGGCCAUGGAGGGACAGGACGCUGUUAUCAUCGUCCUGGGCACCAGGAACGAUCUCAGUCCCACUACCGUGAUGUCUGAGGGAACUAGGAACAUUCUGGAAGUCAUGAAGGCUCGUGGAAUCAGAAAAGUGGUUGCUUGCAUGUCAGCCUUCCUGCUGUGGGAGCGUUCUAAGACGCCCCCGCGACUGAUGGCAGUGACGGAUGACCACGACCGGAUGUUCAUGGUGCUGAAGGAGUCUGGGCUGGACUAUGUGGCCGUCAUGCCUCCCCAUAUCGCUGACAACUUCCCCUUGACUGAGAAGUACACUGUGACAGAGAACGUGCUGAAGGGAAGGGUCAUCUCUAAGUUCGAUCUGGCUCACUUCUUUGUGAAGUGUCUGUCGACAUGUGACUGGGAUGGGAAAUCGGUGGGAGUGUGUGGGGAGUAUGCCCAACCAUGAAGACACUAAACCAUCUCAUCUCUGUUUCAGAUUUUCUAGAAAGGUGUAUGCUAGUGCCAGUUCACUCAUUGCACCAACCAAUGGCAGCUUUGGCUUUAGACUAUUUUUUUCGUUUUUUUAUAUUGCUUUUUAUAACAAUGCAUUGUGUUCAAAUCACAUGUUAUUUGUAUCACCUUUUUAACGAGUAAUUUCACAGAGGGUUUCCCGGAUGCCCACUGAUCAGCUUUGACAACCUAAGCCCUCAAAGAUGAAGGAAAAAUUCUGGAAAAAUGUUUGGAUGUGUUGAAUGAGUAAUGUAAUAUGUGAAGCAGCAAAAUAAUAGCCUAAUAAUCAUAAUUUUGUAAAGUACACUUUCUGAAAUAAAUGUUUUACAAUGAUAAA